AUGAACCCAAAGCUGUUUUGCUCCCGCGUCCUAUUAUGUCUGCGACCAUUUCGUAUUUCCCUUGGACCAGAUAUUAAGUACGAUGAGAUCAUUCAAAGGUUCUGCACUGGCUGCAGAGUUUGGCUACCUCCCUUACUUGUGCACCAUGACCUCGUCAGUCAUGUUGAGUCUGAUACUAGCUCUCUUCGUAUACCUUGCAUUGGUUCGCAUAUGUCGGUACCGCCGCGUUAACAAGAGCACUGCCAGAUAUCCUGGAUAUGGCAUUGGCAUCGAUAGGCUCGAAUUGACUCCUGGGGAAGCUCAGCAAAUUGUCCAGGAUUCGCUCUUAUAUGAUGCACCUUUAACCAUGCUUUUGGGGUUCCAGAUUACACUUUUCAAGGUGUUUGGAAUUCCAACUAUUGCCUCAACUUUCUAUAAAAGUGGACAUUUGAUGAGGGAAACCGACCUGAACAAACGGCUUGUAGAUACAGUCACACUGAUGGCCACUAUCCUCUGCAAUACAUACCCUUCCCAAGCCAACAUAGCUGAUGAGGAUCCUCGAGCUGCAAUUGCUCUUGCUCGUGUUAACUGGAUACACACCAGAUACAAGAUUAAAAAUGAAGACUAUCUGUUCAAUUUAGCUUUAUUGAUUCUAGAACCUAUUCAAUUGACAGAGCAUUUCAAUUGGAGACCACAUAGUCUGUUGGAGAAGAAGGCUAUAUUCACUCUGUGGACCAACAUAGGUGAAAGCAUGGGGAUUAAGAAUAUUUGGUCUACAUUUGAAGAGAUGGAGCAGUGGACCACUUCAUAUAGAAAAGAGAAUAUAAUGCCCUCAGAAGAAGCCUAUAAGCUAUCACGAGCCACCAUUAAUCACUUUCUCAAUGGCAUACCAGAACUUCUAGGCUUAAGAUUUGUUGCAUACAAUUUUUUCCUGACUCUGCUGGAUGAGCAAUCACGUUUGGCCUUGCAACUCCCGCCACCAAGUCCAGCAAUUGCUUUCAUUAUAUUGACUCUCUUCCGCGCUAGAGUAUGGAUAGUUCGAUAUCUCUGCCUUCCUAGACUCAGCCCAUCUCUAUGGGUUCCAAUGGACACUGAGGACACUAGCACCACAACCGGGAUACACCGAUUGCAAGCUGUGCUACUUCGUAGCUCAGGACCUUAUUAUUAUCCUGAGAAGACAGGAAUAGCAUUGAAAAUUCAGAGCCUUUUGAUUAUGCUUGGACUACAAGAUCCAAACAAAAUUCCAGGGAAAAAAUGGAGGAGUGAGGGAUAUCGACUUGAAGAGUUGGGACCUACACAGUGGGAGAAUGUGGGUCAUGAAAAGGUAAUGGAAGCUGCUUCAAAAAUUCAAGGGCACCCGAUCACUGGUAUAUGGUCUCUGUUGUCGCGAAAGAAGGGAGUCUGAACAACUGAUAAGGAUGGAGAGAGAUGCAUAAUGUUUAACAACCAGUAUAUGGAUCUAUAAAUUUUGACAUUAAAGAAAAAUCAAAUCCUGUUGUUUGCAAACUCGAAUAGUAGGAGUUACACUAGGAAGACAUCAAAAUCUCUAGGAAAGCACGAGUGAUGUGAUGAGGUAUAGGCUGAAUGGGUUGAUGAUACAAAUAGUGUGGCUGAAAUGGUAGAUACCCGCAUGUUGAACUUACCUGCAGGAUUAGAAUCAG